UGCAGCAAAAGAUGGCAACUGCAGGCGUAGCUGCAGGGGAAGCAAGAAAGUGCAACCAAGUCCGGCAAGAACAGAUAUGGAAAGACUAUGUUCAUCAUGAGGAAAAGGCUACUAAAGCUUGGAAGAGCACAUGGGGGUUCCUGUGUGAUGACUACAAGAAAAUGAGAGAAGAAAUAUUUAAAGUUCGUCAAAGGAGGGAAGAAAAAGAAGGAGAUGAUGAAGAGGUUGAACAAGAUGAUGAAGAGCCUGUAGAAGAAGAGGAGGAGGAGGUAGAAGAAGAGAUGGAUGAUCAAGAGAGAGUGGAUUCUGAUGAUGAUGGUGAAUUAUUAAAACUGCCACCAUUAUCACCAGCUGUCCUUCAAACACAAAAAGUAUCAAAGGUCCCAUUUCCACUCCCUCUCACGACAUCAAGAGAGAUAGGUUGGAGGUCAUCAAGACCAGAAUGUAACCUGGAAAGGUUUGGAAAAUGGGCUAGACCAAAGAAAUCAAUCCUAAAGCAUUUCAAUUGGACUAUAUAUGCAUGUCCUUAAUAGCAAUAUAAUUCCAAGUGUUUUAUGAUAAGUCAAGAUAUAUUUAUACAUAUGCAUCUUAACUAUACAUGUAUACUACUCCAUAAA